GUGCAGCACUUUCAAUUCGUGUUAGAUCGCAUCUCGCGUUCGGGUUGAUUUUUCAUGCGUAGUUUCAAGUUUGUUCGUGAGGUCUUGGUCUCUUCGGAAGUCGACAUAAUUACGAAGUGAAAUCUUCCUCCAUAAUUGUAAACCUGCAAACUUUUAACGGUCCUGAAUCGGGCAGGAGUAUUCAUGCUUUUGUAAACGGUUCUUACUGAACAGUUGUUUUUUCUCUCCGAACCUUUCCACGAUAAUUUAUGAUCGCUACUAGACAUUCAGAGUUAUUUUCCCGCGGGAAUCCGUCGAGUUUUCGUAAAGAAAUUUCGGCGUGCCAUUGUGUAACGGUGCAAACGCUUCCGUCAUCAUCCGGUUCCGGUCAGUCAAGGUUUAUGCCUGGCCACAAGUGCUACCCUGUUGUCCAAUAUCACUCGGAUCGCGACAACACCAUUGCCAACACAGGCCCCUUCAAUUACCCGUCGUCCAGCAACAGAAGGAAACUGUUGCUCCUACGUCAGAAAGGUUUAACCAACCAAGAAGGUCCGAGCUUCGGGCAGAGUCCCAGGUGAUCACCGCGAAGCGGCGUCGACACGGACCGGGUCGUGAAUGUCAGUAAUUCACGCCAGAGAAAGAAGAGCCACUGCAUUCCCAUUGCACUUUUUCCAUCAAUAACGUAACAUCAAAACAGCUGCGAAAAUGACGCUCAACAUCGACAGAAGCAAUCCCGAUCAGUUUUAUCGUUACAAGAUGCCACGACUUGUCGCCAAGGUGGAAGGAUCUGGCAAUGGAAUUAAAACCGUCGUUGCCAACAUAACGGAGAUAGCGAAAUCCUUGGAUAGACCACCAGCCUAUCCGUUGAAAUACUUCGGCUAUGAAUUGGGCGCCCAGACAAUGAUUGACUCGAAGAACGAUCGUUACAUCGUCAAUGGAGCACAUGAGGCACCACGCCUGCAAGAAAUGCUUGAUGGGUUUAUCAAGAAAUUCGUCUUGUGUCAGAGCUGCAAUAAUCCCGAGACAGUCUUGCAAGUGUAUCCAAAGAAGAACACGAUCAAACAGAACUGUGCGGCUUGCGGUUACAGUUGUAUGGUGGACAUGAAACAUAAACUGACAACCUACAUCCUUAAAAAUCCACCGGCGGAAGUUGGAGAAUAUGGAGAAUCGAAGGGAAAAGGGAAAGGCAAGGUUAAAGGCCGUAAAGGUAGCGGUAAAGAGGACGAAAAGAACGGCGGUAGCAAGACAAAUGGUGCCGGUGACAAGGCAGCACCCGGCUCGCCCACGACCGAAACUGAAAACCCCUUCGACGCUCCACCUCCAGUCGAUGCCGUGGAUGGGGAUGAAUUUGAUGAUGAUUGGGGUGAUGAAGACACCGAACAAGCCCGUAAAAGAACGCGAAAAGAGCUGACCAACGGAAUCAAGAAUCUGACUACCAACGAUGAUUUGGACAAGACGGAAGAUGAGCGUUUAGAUUUGUUCUACGAAUUUGUCAAGAAGCGAAAACAAGGUGACCAAGUGGAUGAUAAAGAAAUCUUGGUUGAAGCCGAACGCUUGGAAGUGAAAGAGAAAGCCCCGCUCAUUUUGGCUCGAGUGCUUUUGGAUACGAACAUGAUGAAACAAAUCAAGGAUUAUCGCAAAGUGUUUCUUCGUUUCACUGCGGGAAAUCAGCGUGCGCAAAAAUACUUUCUUGGCGGAGUGGAGCAUAUUGUCGGAGUGGCCCAUAGUUCAGAGUUGAUGCCAAAAGCUGUAGUUCUGUUCAAAGAGUUGUACGAUCGGGAUAUUUUGGAGGAAGAAGUCUUGGUGGACUGGUAUGAUAAGCCAACAAAGAAAUAUGUUGCCAAAUCGAUUGCUGAAGAGAUCCGCAAGAAAGUUUUUCCUUUCAUUAAAUGGCUGAAGGAAGCAGAAUCCGAGACGGAUGAAUCGGAUGAAGACGACGGCAUUCCACUCGCCCCGUCAGCGGUGAACAAGGCUGGUGGAGACGUCAAAGGCGGCAACGUUGUUGGUACGAACAACUCAAAAGCAGCGACGAUAAAUGGUGGACCAAAAGUCAAUGGGAAUGGUAUCGGUACUAAUACUCCACCGACUGAAGAGGAAGACGAAGAGGAGGUGGAUAUCGAUGCGAUCUAAGUGGCGACCAGAUGCUGGAUUUAAUAUUGCUUUUACAUCAGCGCAUCUCAGGAUUUUACGGAGGAUACGACUCAGCUUAAUAUCUUAUUCGUGCUUUUUUUCAGUGCGCAGCCGUUUUUAUUUCACUCGUAAAUAACAGUAGUAAAGUAUGCUCGUCUCAUUUGAAUGUACAAAAUCAAAGUAUCGGUUCAGAAAUGAGAAGAUUUCGCUAAUUGAAACCCAUAAGUACUUUGUUCUUGAACUGGGGCUGCUUAAAAUUUUAGCCAGAUGCAGUAGUAGAUUCGUGCUGGGCCUGCCAGUACCGGGCUUGUUAUUAUUUAUGAUUGUGUGUUUUACGGUGUUUUCAGUGGUUUUUCUUUGCCAGUGAAUCUUGGAGAGUUUUUCUUGAGCAGAAUAAUAAAUGUAUAAUUCUGA